UCGUGAAAUUUGACCCUUGUACAUCACCGCAGACAACAGACUUAUAUUCUCUUUCGGCGUUCACAGAAUCACAGAUUGGUGCCAAAAAUAAACGAUCAUGUGUUGAUAGAAAACCUUUGAAGUAGCUAAUUUAUUUCACUAAUGAUUUAUGUUGGGUUUACAGUCUGUAGACCAUGAAGAGGUCACAUCCAUCAAAUGACCAGGUUGAUGUUAUAUCAUCAGAUGACUCGUCUUCCUCAGAUGCAGAGAUGGAAGUCACUACUGAGUAUGUUAGCAAGCAGUUAACAUCUGAAGAUGCUCUGAUGAGAAGGGCAGAGAUGUAUCAGGAGUACAUGAAGCACGUCCCAAUCCCAACACACCGUGGCUCUGUUAUUCCGUUUACCUCAUGGAUGGGUUUAGGGAAAUCCAUUAAGCAGCUUUAUGGACAACCUUUGCAUUAUCUCACCAAUAUUCAGCUAAAACAGUGGGACCAAUUGAGGAUCGGCAGUGAAGACGAAUACAGGCCCUUGGAUGCCAUUAUUCAUCCCUGUAAAGCCGAAGCCACCAUCUGGCUCAUUGAAGAAGUUCACCGAAACACCUCAUCUCAUCAUCAUGUAGCCAAUCUGUGGCUAUCAGAUCCGAUGCACCAUGCUUUUGUUGAUUCCAUCUUUCCCCAAUUAGACAGCCGCUCGUGAAAGGGCGUAAGGCCUUUACUUUGUUAUAUUUGCUUGUUAACUUUUGUCAUGUAAAUUUUUGUUUGGCUAUAAUCAAACUCUUUCUUACAGUUCAAAUUGAAAUCAAACAUAUUUUGGUUUUCAUAAA